AUGAUUGUUGGUUUGGGGAUCAAGUUGACGCCAGGAACUAUUGUUCAACGCAUGGUCCAGUUCAAGCAGGGAUAUUUUUUUAACCUGCUGUUACCACCCAUUAUAUUGAACUCUGGCUACGAGCUGAAACGGCGUAAUUUCUUUAUCAAUUUCGGUACAAUCUUGACAUUUGCCAUGGUCGGUACCUUUAUUGCCGCCCUUGUCACCGGGGCGCUGACUUUUUUGUACGCAUAUUUCCAUCCGGAAGGCAUCAACAUCAGCUUCAUCGACAGCAUGAUUUUCGGAGCAAUUCUUUCAGCGACCGAUCCUGUCACCAUCCUUGCCAUCUUUUCUCAGUUACACGUAGAUCCACAACUCUUUUCCAUCAUCUCUGGCGAGUCCUUGAUGAACGAUGCUGUUGCCAUUGUGCUUUCCGAGACAUUGCACAAGUUUCGUGGUCAAGAGCUUCAUGUAGUCAACAUCUUCAAAGGCGUUGGCACGUUUUUGGGCGUAUUCACAGCAUCCACGUUGAUUGGGGUGCUCUUCGGUGUCACUGUCGCAUUGAUGUUAAAGUACUCGGAGCUGUUCCGCUACCCGAGUAUUGAAACUUGCUUAAUUGCACUAAUGGCUUACAGCAGUUACCUGUUUUCAAAUAGCACGCAAAUGUCUGGCAUUGUAACUCUUUUAUUCACGGGUAUCACUCUCAAGCACUAUGCUUACGACAACAUGUCCCUGCGAACGAAACGCGCAACAAAAUACGUCUUCCAAGUGCUUUCUCAGCUGUCAGAGAAUUUUAUCUUCAUCUACCUCGGUGUCAAUCUGUUUACGCAGACUGAGCUCGACUACAAACCUUUGUUUAUACUGGCCACGACGAUCAUCAUCUGCGUUGCACGCUACGUAUCCGUUGCACCCUUAUCCAUGUUGAUCAAUGCGGUCUGUCGCGCUUUAGGAAAGUCCGAGAAAGUGCUACCACGGUCGCAUCAGCUGAUGUUGUUCUGGGCUGGACUUCGGGGCGCUGUUGCAUUUGCAUUGUCAUCCGGCUUGGUGGGCGACAGCGCACCAGCCAUGCGCACGACAAUCCUUGCAGUGGUUGUGCUCACUGUGCUUUUGUUUGGUGGCACUACAAACCGCAUGCUCCAAUUGCUGGAGAUCCGCACGGGUGUGACGGAGCCCGAUGACUCUGGCAGCGAGGACGAAGAUCACGAUAUCGAUCCAGUCGGCUAUCGCAAGCUACGACGCCUCUCAGCCUCCUCAACGACGGCCUACCACGACGACGUGCCCUCGUCGUCGACCACUCGAGGUCGCACAGACAAUAACAACAAUGCACAAGAUGUUUCAAUAGACGGGCUCCUGUCAGGUCCCCUUGGGAAUCCCAUGCAGGAUCCGGCAGAGCCACAUUGGUUUAUUUCGUUUGACGAGAAAUGGCUGAAGCCAAUGUUUACCAAACAGCAUAUCCAAGCACGUAACCAGACGCUGGCAGAGUACUGGAGAGAGAAACGGCGCAAGAUGGAUCGUGCCAAUCGAGGCAUGCUGGCUGGGAUACGUAGCAUGAGCUUUGGACAGGCAUCAACAGGCAGUGACGACUAUGAGGCGGAUGCAUUGACGUUGGAUUCGGUGGGCGGAAGCGGAAGCGGAAGCGGUGGCGGCCCUGGUAGCAGCAGCGGCAGUACAAGUAACGCCAACCUUAUCGUUGGGUCUGGGCGUGUGUUUGGCCGAUCACCAGCGUCGAGCCCACCUGAUCCGGAACAACAACAAUAA